AUGCGCUCCGCAACUAUUCAGAGAGACACAAACGAAACCAAGAUCCAGAUAGCUAUCUCGUUGGACGGUGGGCACAUUGAAGUAGAAAAGUCCAUCUUGAAAAAAGACACUGAUAAGGAGGAAGAAAACCAUGCCAGCCAGGCCACGAGCUCGCAGAGAAUUGAAAUUCACACCGGUAUCGGGUUUUUGGACCACAUGUUGCAUGCCUUGGCCAAGCAUUCGGGCUGGUCUUUAAUAGUGGAAUGCAUCGGUGAUUUACAUAUUGAUGAUCACCAUACCGCAGAAGAUGUUGGAAUAUCACUUGGGUUGGCCUUCCACAAAGCUUUGGGUCAAGUCAAGGGUGUGAAGAGAUUCGGUGCCGGGUUCGCACCAUUAGACGAGGCAUUAAGUAGAGCUGUAGUCGAUUUAUCCAAUAGACCAUACGCCGUAGUAGAAUUAGGUUUAAAGAGAGAGAAAAUUGGUGAUCUUUCAUGUGAAAUGAUCCCACAUGUCAUUGAAAGUUUUGCUCAAGGUGCUGCAAUUACGCUCCAUGUGGACUGUUUGCGAGGAUUCAAUGAUCACCACAGAGCUGAAAGUGCGUUCAAGGCGUUGGCUGUUGCAAUCAAGGAAGCCAUUUCAAGUAACGGUACAGACGAUAUACCAUCUACCAAGGGAGUUUUAUUUUAG